CAAAGCCCUCGCUCUCCUUUCGCCAUCGCCGUCUUGCCUGAGUCGACCGCUGAUGCUCCCUUUGCCCGUAGUUGUACCGGCGAAGCGACGGCUCAGUGGGACUAGCGUCAGGAGGCACAGAGAUGUCUUGCUCGCUCGUGCUCGCAUAACGAAUCUCGGUCUCUUGCUGCUCGGAGGUUUCACCGCCCUGUCAUUACUGCUGAACUUGAGAUACUAUCUCUUCCCUGCGCCCGGUGCGACAUGGCAUCGUCCUCGCCACCCACGACCGCCUUUCAGUUUGCUGGCGACCGUUCCGCACAGCGAUGCAUUGUCCCUCCUGAAUCAUCUUAUCAUCGUUCCUUGUCACGGUGUUUGGCAAGGCCAUGAUCCGCUGAAGAGACUGGAUGAGGAUGAUUGGAUACUGGAGGAUUAUCAAAGAGGCGGUGGGUGGGUCUCUGCGCUGAAUGGGCAUAUCGUCACUGCAGUGGAGUUGGCGACUGCAGAUGAGAAGUCGCUGCUGGUAUUCAGUGGUGGCCAGACUCGACCUAUGUCAACAAGCACCGAAGCCGAGUCCUACCUGCGACUGGCAUUUGCUGCUGGGAUGUUGCCGACCUCGUCAGAUGUCUCAUCUAACCUUCUGCGCGCGACGACGGAGCAAUACGCGUUAGACUCGUUCCAGAAUCUUCUCUUCUCUAUCGCGCGCUUUCAUGAGUACACAGGCCGCUAUCCAGAGAAGAUCACUGUAGUUGGCCACGAAAUCAAGAGGCAACGGUUCUUCGAACUGCAUCGUGCCGCUAUGCGAUGGUCCAGAUCGAGAUUCCACUAUGUCGGCAUAGAUGCUGAGGGCGAGGAAGGACUGAAAGCCUACGAAGGCGAGAAAUUGAACGGCUAUCUGCCGUAUUCUGUUGACAUUUAUGGGUGUCACGACUUUCUGCUAUCGAAACGUCGCUCACGGAACCCCUUCAAACGGUUCCACUCCUACUAUACUUCUUCGCCCGAACUCGCUUCCCUUUUUGAUUGGUGUCCAGACACCGCCGAUGGCGGUCGGGCCGCGCUAUUCCAUGGACCUCUCCCUUGGGACUAUCUUCGACCAUCCAUCAUGGACGCAGGCUCAUGAUGCCUCCGUCGUUUCGAUACACUAUGAGGACUUUUAAGCUUAUUGCCACCAUCCUUGUCACGCUACAUUGGGAACUUCAUCUAUAUGAAGUGUACAUUCACACUGAUUCCACUAGGCUGAUCCUGAUAGACAGACAAUAGAACUUCAGCUACGUAGUCACUUUGUAUGGCGGUUCACAACUUGAAGCCAGUUGUUGGCCUAUUGUUGCAUAAUAUG